CGUCAUUCCCCCCCUCGUGCUCACUGCCACCAAUUCUUCUCUGGUGCAAGAUUUUUCUCUUUUUCCUUAAGUCCUCUAUAUACCCGAGUGGAAUGAACAUCUUGUUAUCUGCGUUCAUUCCUGUUUCUUGCGGUUUCUUUCAUCUGCAUUAAAUUGAUAGGCCAGAUAUCUUGGUCGCCUAGGCGCAAGACCCCGGGUGGUCGGCAACAUUCACAAUGGGUCACUCUCGACGUCCUGCUGGCGGGGAGAAGAAGAGUCGGUUCGGUCGCUCCAAGGCCGCCGCUGAUGUGGGCGACGGGCGACAAGCCGGGGGCAAGCCGCAAGUCAGAAAAGCCGUUUUCGAAAGCACAAAGAAGAAGGAGAUUGGCGUUUCAGAUCUUACGCUGCUGAGCAAGAUCUCCAACGAGGCAAUCAACGAUAACUUGAAGCUUCGAUUCCAACAUGACGAGAUCUACACUUAUAUUGGACAUGUGCUUGUCUCUGUCAACCCAUUCCGAGACUUGGGUAUCUAUACCGACAGCGUCCUCAAUUCCUACCGAGGGAAGAACCGGCUCGAAGUCCCUCCACAUGUUUUCGCAGUUGCCGAAUCAGCCUACUACAACAUGAAAUCGUACAAAGACAACCAGUGCGUGAUCAUUUCUGGCGAGUCGGGUGCUGGUAAAACCGAGGCGGCGAAGCGGAUCAUGCAGUACAUUGCCAGUGUUUCCGGGGGAAGCGAUUCAUCUAUUCAGCAGACGAAAGACAUGGUUUUAGCAACCAACCCUCUACUGGAGUCGUUCGGUAACGCGAAGACGUUGCGCAACAACAAUUCCUCACGGUUUGGAAAGUACUUGGAGUUGGAGUUCAACGCCCAAGGCGAGCCCGUCGGUGCUAAUAUCACCAACUAUCUACUGGAGAAGUCGAGAGUGGUGGGACAAAUUACCAAUGAGCGCAACUUUCACAUCUUUUACCAGUUCGCCAAGGGCGCGCCGCAGAAAUACAGAGACUCGUUCGGUGUACAGCAGCCUCAGUCCUACUUAUAUACGAGCCGGUCGAAGUGUUUCGAUGUCCCUGGCGUCGACGAUGUGGCGGAGUUUCAAGAUACGCUAAAUGCGAUGUCUGUCAUUGGAAUGUCGGAAGCUGAGCAGGAUAACGUUUUCCGUAUGCUAGCAGCAAUUCUGUGGAUGGGUAACAUUCAGUUCGCCGAAGAUGAUUCCGGCAAUGCUGCGAUUACAGACCAAUCAGUGGUUGACUUCGUCGCAUACUUAUUAGAGGUUGACGCUGGUCAAGUUAACCAGGCAUUGACCAUUCGCAUGAUGGAGACUAGUCGAGGUGGUCGCCGUGGCUCCGUUUAUGAGGUGCCACUGAAUACCACCCAAGCUCUGGCCGUACGGGAUGCUCUGGCCAAGGCAAUUUACUUCAACCUCUUCGACUGGAUUGUAGGACGCGUCAAUCAAUCCUUGACUGCCAAGGGAGCAGUUGCAAAUUCAAUUGGCAUUCUCGAUAUCUACGGUUUCGAAAUCUUUGAGAAGAACUCGUUCGAGCAGCUAUGUAUCAACUAUGUCAAUGAGAAGCUGCAACAGAUCUUCAUUCAGUUGACACUCAAGGCUGAACAAGAUGAGUACGAGCGUGAGCAAAUUACGUGGACGCCGAUCAAGUACUUCGAUAACAAGGUUGUGUGUUCGUUGAUUGAAGAUAAGCGGCCCCCUGGUGUCUUCGCUGCCCUGAAUGAUGCUUGCGCGACGGCGCACGCUGACUCAGGAGCCGCGGACAACACUUUCGUUGGACGGCUGAACUUCCUUGGACAGAACCCGAAUUUCGAGAACCGUCAGGGCCAGUUCAUUAUCAAACACUACGCCGGCGAUGUUAGCUACGCUGUCCAGGGAAUGACAGACAAGAACAAGGACCAGCUGCUCAAGGAUUUGCUGAAUCUUGUUCAAUCGAGUAGCAACCAUUUCGUUCACACUCUUUUCCCGGAACAGGUCAACCAAGAUGACAAGCGCCGACCACCUACGGCAAGUGACAAGAUCAAGGCUUCUGCCAAUGAUCUAGUAGCAACGCUCAUGAAAGCCCAACCGUCAUAUAUUCGAACCAUUAAGCCUAAUGAUAAUAAAGCGCCGAAAGAGUUUAACGAGAGCAAUGUUCUUCACCAGAUCAAAUACCUUGGUCUUCAGGAGAACGUCCGCAUUCGUCGGGCUGGUUUCGCGUACCGCCAGACUUUCGACAAGUUCGUUGAACGUUUCUAUCUGCUGUCUCCGAAGACGUCCUAUGCCGGUGAUUACACCUGGACGGGCGACGUGGAAACAGGAGCGCGCCAGAUUCUGAAGGACACUCGGAUUCCGGCCGAGGAGUACCAAAUGGGUAUCACAAAGGUAUUUAUCAAAACCCCCGAAACGCUCUUUGCCUUGGAGGCUAUGCGCGACCGCUACUGGCACAACAUGGCUAUUCGUAUUCAGCGCGCAUGGCGAAACUAUUUACGGUACCGUACCGAGUGUGCCAUCCGUAUCCAGCGCUUCUGGCGCCGAAUGAAUGGAGGACUUGAGUUGCUCAAAUUACGUGACCAAGGGCAUACGAUCUUGGGUGGCCGAAAAGAGCGUAGGAGAAUGAGCAUUCUUGGUUCUCGACGGUUCCUUGGUGAUUACGUUGGUAUCAGCAACAAAGGUGGUCCUGGAGAGAUGAUUCGCAGCGGCGCGGCUAUUAGUACCUCUGAUGAUGUCCUAUUCUCCUGCCGCGGAGAGGUUCUUGUUUCGAAAUUCGGUCGCUCAAGCAAGCCUUCGCCACGCAUCUUCGUCUUGACCAAUCGACAUGUUUACAUUGUGUCCCAAAACUUCGUCAAUAACCAACUUGUCAUUUCAUCGGAGAGAACUAUCCCUAUCGGAGCCAUCAAGACCGUCAGUGCUUCUAGCUACCGAGACGAUUGGUUUUCGUUAGUGGUGGGCGGACAAGAGCCAGAUCCGCUCUGCAAUUGCGUUUUCAAGACUGAGUUUUUUACUCAUCUGCACAAUGCUCUUCGAGGUCAGUUGAAUUUGAAGAUCGGCCCAGAGAUUGAAUACAACAAGAAACCGGGCAAACUAGCCACUGUCAAGGUAGUCAAGGACGGAUCGCAGGUUGACAGCUACAAGAGUGGAACGAUCCACACAGGUCCAGGCGAACCUCCAAACUCUGUCUCCAAGCCUACCCCACGAGGGAAACAAGUAGCUGCCCGGCCCGUCACGAAAGGAAAACUUCUUCGUCCUGGCGGUCCAGGCGGUGGCCCGUCCAAACUGGCUUCCAGACCUGUACCAGAGCGUCGGCCUAUACCACAGCCCACGCCUCAAACAGCCGCGGCGCAACCGACACCAGCGUCCAGACCCGUUCCUCAACCAGUGGCAGCCGUUGCAGCAUCCCAUUCACGUACUUCAUCUACUGCCUCCGCAAGGGCACCACCCCCGCCUCCUCCCGCACCACCUGCAGCUGCAGGACCGAAGAAAGCAAAGGCCCUGUACGACUUCAGCAGCGACAACAAUGGCAUGUUAUCGAUUAGCGCAGGACAAAUUGUGGAAAUCGUUUCCAAAGAAGGAAACGGCUGGUGGCUGUGCAUGAACCUCGAAACCUCAGCGCAAGGCUGGACACCCGAAGCAUAUCUCGAGGAGCAAGUUGCACCCACGCCUAAACCCGCACCUCCACCUCCACCUCCAGUUGCUCCCCGAGCAAGCCCAGCACCAGUGAAUGGAUCCGCCGCAGUUGCUGCAGCGAAAGCCAAAGCGGCGCCUCCGCCCCCCGCUAAAAGGCCCAACAUGGCAGGCCGUAAAACAGCACCUGCGCCUCCACCUGCACCCCGCGAUAGUGCUGUCAGCAUGAAUUCGCAAGGAGAUUCUUCUGGUGCAAGUGGUCGCGGCACCCCAAGCAGCGUUUCCAAUGCUAGUCUUGCUGGUGGUCUUGCCGAAGCCCUGAGGGCACGGCAGAGCGCGAUGCAGGGGAAGCAGGAUGACGACGACGACUGGUGAUCGUUUUACUUCUUCUUUACCCUACAAUUCUUCUUUUUACCCUAUCCUAUAACUUUGCUUCGGCCACUAGACGGUUUUUUAUUCUGAGUUCGUCGCCAAGUUCCCUUCCUGUUUCUUGUUGGUCUGGUCCUUUUCUCUCAGUUUCUAGA